AAUGUGGUCACCCGGAAGUAGUGGGUGUACACACUGCGGAGGCGCUUUAGUCAGGUCAGCGUAGCUUCAUGCUAACCGUGGCGGCACAGGUUCGGGAAUAAAUGAAGCGUUUCAAAAUCCUACUAUUAUCUUCAUUUAGAUCCUCGCAACCAGGUGUGUUUAUCGUCCCUCACCCAUCACGCUGGCAGCGCAGGAGGUCAGGGCUGGGACGGAGCUGAGUGCCAGCAGGAUGGUGUCUGCCUCAGCCACAGGCACUGCUCCUAGCCCUCAGAGCGAGGCCAUGACCAGCGAGCUGCAGGAGCUUUCGCUUCGGUCCGGCCCCACUCUACUGCCCCUGAGCGAGAGGAAAAACGUCCUCCAAAUCAAACUACAGCAGAGGAGGACACGAGAGGAGCUCGUCAGCCAAGGAAUCAUGCCGCCACUGAAGAGUCCUGCUGCCUUUCAUGAACAGAGAAAAAGUCUUGAGAGGGCACGGACUGAGGACUAUUUGAAGAGAAAGAUCAGGAGUCGGCCAGAGAGGUCAGAGUUGGUGAGGAUGCACAUACUGGAGGAGACGUCAGUGGAGCCCUCUCUGCAGGCCAAACAACUGAAACUAAAGAGGGCUCGUCUAGCUGAUGACCUCAAUGACAAAAUUUCUCACCGGCCCGGCCCUAUUGAGCUCAUACAUAAGAACAUCCUGCCUGUGCCUGCACUUUUAGGCACAGGAUCUCCAAAGGGUGAGAGUUCUUCACUGGAUGAGGACAGCAGUGAUAGCCUUUCUCCUGAACAGCCAGGCAGUCAGGACUCUCCACUUGGCUCUGUCCCCCAGCACUCCCCCUCUGAUAUGCUUAAUCUGAACAGAAACUCCUCACCCACACAGUUCCUUACUCAGGCUGCGCCGUCUCUUCUUACUGCCCCUGAGGCUUCUUCCUCGCAAAACUUGACCAAUGGAACUUCAAUGGUUGCCUGCGCCCGACCUCCUACUGGAACUGUCAAACAGUUCCAGUCAAAGUCUAGUGCCGAUCGUUCUGCUCAGCGGACUAAGAAGCCUAAAGAGAACAAACCUAAGGUGAAGAAGCUGAAAUAUCACCAGUACAUUCCUCCUGAUCAGAAGAAUGACCGUGAGCCCCCUCCUCAACUGGAUUCGUCUUAUGCCAAGAUCCUCCACCAACAGCAACUCUUUCUCCAACUCCAGAUCAUCAGCCAGCAGCAACAGCACUACAACUAUCACACCAUCCUACCUGCUCCACCGAAAGUUCCUUCUGAACAGCAGCAGCAAACAGCCAAUUCUGGCCCCUCCCCAUCUCGGACAGUUUCCUCAUCUACCGCCACAGCCACUCAGAAUGGGGCUAAUCGUUUAAGCCAGCCAGUGACAGCCGGGCCGAAGCCAGGAGUAUUGCCUACAAACUUGGAUGAAUUCAAAGUUGCAGAGCUUAAACAGGAGCUGAAGCUGAGAGGUUUGACUGUGUCUGGCACUAAGAACGACCUCAUCGAGAGACUGAAGAACUACCAGGAACAAAACGGUGGUGCAGCAUUAGCAGUGGUAGGGUCUGGAUCUUUGAAAACGCUACAGGUUUCACCUCAGGAAGUGGCAGCUCAGUCCCCCACCUCCGUCCAAUCUAAAGACACCAUCGGGAAGGUGGCAGCCUAUCCAGUGGCAUUGAGCAGUGGCAUCCAAGCUGCAACUCUGCCCCAAAUCACACGCUUCAACAGUACAAGCUCAUCCCCUCCAGUAUCACCGACACCAUCUGAACGCUCAGUGGCUGGAAUGAGUGCUGAUGAGGCCAGCUGUAAUGGGGAUGUGUUUGGAGAAAUGGUUAGCUCACCUCUUACUCAGCUGAGCCUGCAUCCAUCCUCUGAGCAUCCGUCCCCAGUUAAAGAGGAGCCUCUCGGGCGGUCAGCAUGCUGUGUGUCCCACCCCACUGCUGCCCCUUCUUCAGCUACUCAGUCUCAGGAGCCUUCAAUUGCAGCCCAACUGGCACCCUCAGCACCUCUGCUGGACAAAGACCAGAUGCUGCAAGAGAAGGAUAAGCAAAUCGAGCAGCUGACCCGCAUGCUAAGACAGAAACAACAGCUUGUGGAGACACUGCGGUCACAGCUUGAACAAGGCAAGCGUGGGUCAACCUUAGAGGAAAUGGAUAUAGCGGUCAAGAAUGAAGGAGUAGCACUGAUCAACAGAGAGGGUGUAAAGGUAAAAGAGGAAGCAAAGGAGGACAUGGAGACAUCAGCAGAGCCACCAGCACAACCUCAGAAAAAGAUGCAAACACAAUGUUCUCAGCAGACACUGCUCAAACUGCAGCAGAUCCACCGACUACAAGUGCAGCAGCAAAUGCAUUCAGAGCAGUCAAAACAGCAGCCACUGCAACAACAGAAGCUGCAGCAGCUCAUUAUACAGCAGAAGCAGCUACAGGGGAAUCAAAAGAAGCAGCAGAGGCCACAAAAGCAGCAGCAGAAACAACAACCGUUACAGACACAACAGGUCUCCCAGGUGUUUGUCAACCAACAAACAGGUACUCAAGUGACCACAUCCUUCCCACUGGAUCUUCUCAAAGCUCAUCCAGCACCCACUCUUGUCACCGAUGGCAAUGGCAACCAUUACCUCAUUGCCCUAACCAAUAACAGUGUGGAUAACCGGAACAGUGAAUCUCCACAAAGCAAAACCAAUGGAUGCAUCACCCUACAGAGAAUGCAGUCCACACCUGUUAAACUCCCCAGCCAAUCAGAUAACGAGGUUGCACAUGCUGUGAACAAAUCCCUACAGCCCCAACAAACUGCUUCUGUCAAACAGCCCAUUUCAAAAGUACAAAAGGCAGGACUGAACUUACAAACUCCUUUUGUUCAGGAGUCAAGUCAGUCAGUGUCAGCCCCACCAAAUCUUCAUCCUUUUUGCCUCAGUGAAGAACCCCACCCUCUCAUCGAGCCUACCUCCCCUACUUCACUCAAGGGAGAGGUGUGUCCAAGCUUUGACCGACACACUUUAUUUACACCUCCAUCUCCAAAACCGGAAUUCCAUAACCCCCAUCAUGUCAAAGAGAAUGGUUCCAACAAUCAUAUAGACGAUUUGUUUGACAUCCUCAUUAAGAGUGGAGAAAUCUCAGAGGGAUUCAAGGCCAAUCCAGACCCUUCUCUCUCAGAGCUACACUCUGACCCACCCACUCCUCCAUCCUCCCCACUUCGUCUCUCACCCCCCUCUCCUCCAUGUGACCCCACUCCAUCCCAUCUGCCUCCUGAUGCACAACAAAGGUCCUACUCAGGAUGUGGCCGUCUGGAGGACUUCCUGGAGAGCACCACAGGGUCCCCACUGCUUGGCAUGGAACCUGAUGGUCCGCUGACACUGAUUGACGACCUCCACAACCAAAUGCUGAGCACUUCUAGUAUUCUCGAUCAUCCCCAUUCCCCAAUGGACACUAGUGAGCUGAGCUUCUCCCCCAAUCCCACCAGCCUGGACUUUGAAGACCCCGUGCUUGAUGGCAUGGACUGGCUGGACUUAUCCAUGGGAGGAGGGAAUAGUGCAGGAGGGACAAUCCUAGUUCCUCUGAGUUCUCACACACCUCCCAGUGUGUUCUCAGCAGACUUUUUGGACAGUUCAGAUCUGCAGCUCCACUGGGACUCUUGUUUGUAGCUUUGGUCUUAAUUGCUUAGCAGAUACAAUGCAACAUAGCACCUUUGCUCAUAUACAGUGUACAGCCUUUGCACACGCACACACACUCCAAAAUACAUGCUGUUUCAAAAACCAUUUAAACUGGUGUUUGAUAUUAAAUCAUUCACUUGUAUAAGAAGUCUAUUAAAGCACUGAGUAUUACCCCUUAUACCCUCAACCAAACAUAAACAUUGUACAAUACACUGUGUUCAUCUUUUCUCCAAAAGAGUAAUGUAUUAACUCUAUCCCCCCCAAAAAACAUUAUAUUUAUGUCAAGUGUAGACACCUUCAAUUAAAAUGGUUGCACCAGCUGUUUGGGUGGCUAUGUGAUGAGGGUUUAAAGCUCAAACAUCUGUUUGCUUAUAGUCCUGAAUAAAUAGUGUUUGAAUCCUGUUAGUAUCUAAAUGUCAGGAUUUUCUGGAGUUAACCCAGAAAGACAGUGUUUAUCUAUGCGGGUUACUUCCCUCAUGCCAUAUCGCUGUCACUCCACCAUAAUUUCCCUGCUGGCACUGAGAGACAUGGGCACAUGAUGAUGGGAAGAAGGAAUAAGCAGAGAGAUAUUCUUCACCUCCUUUAUAAGACUGGCUUUGGAAUAACUUACCAAAUGCCAGUGCUUUCAACUUUGCACUUAUGCUGACUCAACCAGUGUUCUGGUCUAAGGAAACCUCCAACCCCCAAAAACUUUGCUGGGAACUGGGUUUGGUGAUGUUCACCUUACUCUAUGCAUUGCUGUAAUUGAGGUACAUGUUUUAGACUCAAGCCUUUGUCUUUCAUAACUGAUCUACUGGACAUCAGAUUUGGGAUUCAGAGUUCAGAAUAUUUUUUUUUUAAAAAGAAAAAAAAAUAAAAGAUGAAAAUUAA